AGACUUUUUCGAUUUCACAUUCUCUUCUUUGGCUAAGAGGCUGUAAGAGUCGGCGGCGGCACCGAGAGAGAGAGAGACAAAACCUCAAAACCCUUAAAAACACAUCUGACUGAAUCCCCCAAUUCCCACAAGAUCCGAUCUUUUUAGAAAAAAGAAUGGGAAUCAUAUCAUCCACAGAUCCAAAAACGGAGACUUCCGAACCCAAAUCUCAAACCAACGAAGCUCCAUCAGAGAAACUGACUCCAUCGGAGAAAUCAGGAGGAGGAGAUCAUUCAUCCCCGUCUGAGAAACUUGGAGAUUCAUCAACUGUCUGGAGAGAUCCCGAAGAAGGAGGAGACGCAGAGGGUGAGGAUGAAGAGGAAGGAGAGUGUGGGUUUUGCUUGUUUAUGAAAGGAGGUGGCUGCAAAGACUCGUUUGUUGCUUGGGAAGAGUGUGUGGAAGAAGCUGAGAAGAACAAGGAAGAUAUUGUUACCAAGUGUAUGGAAGUCACCUCCAUGCUUAAAAAGUGUAUGGAUGAGCAUUCGGAUUACUAUCAGCCGAUUCUUGCUGCGGAGAAAGAUGCUGAAGCAGCGGUGAAGAAGGAGCUCGAAGCUGAGAAGAAGAAGGAAGAAGAAGAGAAGAUCUCGGAAGAGGAGGUGGCUGCGAUGAAGCAAGCUCAAGGUUGAUUUUGAGUGUGAGAGGAUUUUAGGUAAAUUUUUUCAUCUAAGUGUUCAAAAUAUUGGAAUUUGGGGAUACAAUUGCUCGGUUAGGAACAGAGGAAAUCACUUAUAAAGAUCGACCAUUUGAUGGUUUAAGUUUCUUCUCUAAUUGAAUAUGUCAUUUUGUGUGCGAAUAAGUUGAUUGAUUGAGUUCAUCUGAAUGGAAUACUACCUUCUUUUCUUAUAUGAUUCCAGAGAGGUUUUGUUCUUAAAAAGGUCACUACUUUGUUGAUCCCCAUGAAUGUUUCAGUGAAGAUAUCAUGUCUUCUUUGUGGGUUUGUUUAGCUAUUUCUUCAUUUGAAUGUGAUUUGUUACUUUGAAACAGUUAAAGGUCAGACCUUUCUGUAA